AUGGACGCUAUAAAUAUACCGCAGUUUUUUGUGGAUAAAACCAUUUUUAUUACUGGAGGAAGUGGUAAGUUUAUGGGAAAAUGUAUAAUCGAGAAGCUGCUGAGAUCAUGUCCUGACUUAGAGGCAAUUUAUUUGCUGAUUCGGCCGAAGCGGGGAAAGCCGGCUGCGAACAGGGUUCAGGAAAUUUUGGAAAACAAGUUAUUCGACGUAGUGAGAAACACUACCCCUUCGGCCUUCGAGAAAGUCUUCGCCGUCACCGGCGACGUCACAUCCCUCCAACUCGGCCUCAACGACCAGGACAAAAAACUAGUACUAACUUCCCACGUCGUCUUCCACGCCGCCGCCAGUGUAAGGUUCGACGAUCCCUUGAAAAAAGCAAUCCUCAUGAACACCAGAGGAACUCGAGAAAUUAUGGAACUGAUGUUGCAGAUGCCAAAUCUGGUGGUUGGUGUCCAUGUGUCAACCACAUAUUGCAACACCGACAAAGAUGUCAUCGAAGAAAAAGUUUACAGGGACCAUGGAGAUUGGAAAGAGGCCAUCAGACUGGCAGAAGGGUACCAGGAUGAAUAUAAAUUGGAUAUCUUGACUAACAAGUACAUUGGGGAUUUGCAUAAUACGUACUUGCUGACGAAGCAUUUGGCAGAAAAUGUGGUGGAUGAUUAUAGUCACAGGUUGCCUCUGGUGUUAUUCAGACCAGGAAUAGUGAUUUCCACGUGGAAAGAUCCGAUACCAGGCUGGAACGACAACUACAAUGGGCCUAUUGGAAUUUGCUUAGGAGUCGGAAAAGGUAAUAUUUGUUUGGAAGCCUUCUGGUUCACCCUGGAACACUUUGACAUGUACGAAUAUUACAUGAAUGCUGUAAUCGGCAUAAACAGGUAUGUCGUCAAGGAGAGGGACGAUGUCCAGGAGAAUAUUAAGCAGUACAAGAGGUUAGUACAAGAAUUGGAAAAAGUAAUGAAGGAUGUGAUAGAAACCUGUAAAUUGCUUUCAGAGCCUUUGCCAGAGAAAUUCACACAGGAUUUCGUGCCAUUUGAAGCUAUAGAACAUCCUCAAAUAUAUGAAAAAUUCAGACAACCAGAUUUGGAGAAGAUACGCAAAGAUUUAAUAAGGAUAUUCGAUGAGCUUGAAAUAAAGCCAUCAUUAGAUUUUAAAGCUGAUCUUCUGAGCGACUCGGAAAUGGAAGUUACAGAUGCUGAUUAUGUGGAAAAACUUGAAAGAUCGAAAAAUAUUGUUUUAGAAUUGCGUGAAAGCCUCAGUCCAUUAUGGGAGCGCUUAGAAGAAGAUCUUAAUGUUCGCAAUAAGUUUCUUCUAAAAUACCCUGGUCAUGGAAAUAAAACUGUAUCGGCCCUGAGAGAAUCAUAA